AAAUCGUAUUUAAAACAAAUACAUUUCCAAUUUUGUCCUUUUUAAAAUUAAAUAAAAAUUAUAUAAUGUUUCAAAUAAAAUAAACACUGAAUUUAUUAUUUAAUACAAGAUGGCUCACGUACAAUAUAUGCCAGGAGAUCCUCGUUUAGUUGACCAAUUGGUGUACGAACUUAAAUCCAAAGGAAUUUUUGAUCAGUUCCGGAAGGAUUGUAUAGCUGAUGUUGAUACAAGACCAGCAUACCAAAAUCUUCGGCAAAGAGUUGAGAACUCUGUAUCUACAUUCCUGGCUAGACAGUGCUGGCAGCCAGAUCUGAACAAGAACCAGCUAAGAGAAAAACUGAGGAAGCAUAUAUUUGAGGGAAACUACUUAGAACAAGGUGUAGAAAGAAUUGUUGAUCAAGUUGUCAAUCCUAAAGUAUCAACUGUAUUCAUAACUAAAGUAGAAGAUGUAGUAUAUAACUACUUGGGUAUAGCAAGAAAGAAAAACCCAACAUCUGAAACUUCAAAUGGGAAAAUUGACCUGCUCCCAACAGAUCUUGAGGCUGUCAGUCCUGGAUCUGUUAAAAGUAAUGAUGGGCAUAAUGAUUCAAUAGAAAUAAGAAAUGAUAAUAAAACUGAUGUGGGUGCACUCAAAAUAAAAGAUGACAAUACUGUAUAUAUAGAUGAUGUUAAGGACAAAAUGGAUGUUCCUGAAACAUCAGUUGUAAGUGAAAUGAUUAUUCAUGAUGAUGAAUUAAGUAACGAUAAGGAAAGUAUUCCAUUACCUGCAGAAGAAAUUCGACCAGAAGACAUUCCUCCACCAGAAUAUAGUCCACCGAAAAUUGAAUUAGAGAAUAUUGAAUUACCAAAAGAACAGGAUGUUACUACUGACAUUCCAUUGCCUGACGAAAUUGCAAAAGAAACAAGUGAACAAUCUUUCUUUAAAUCAAUACAGAGUGAUGAUGACGAUUCAAGUUCUGACUCCUCAUUGCGCAGAAAUAUGUCUCCAUUGACACCAAUAAGAAACUUUAAUAAUGAAAAUUCUUGUGACGCUCAGCAGGCAUUUGAGAAUGACUUUUCUUCCUUUAAAAAUGAAGAGAAGAUAGAACCUAGCUCCUUUAAAUUUGCAUUAGAUUCUAAGUCUGCUGAGAACUGCUCAGAUCAUAAAAAGCCUGAAACAAAGGAUUCAGAGUUGUCUUACCAAUUCAACAAUCAUGUGAAUAUAAACAAUUUUGCAACACCUGUUUACGAAGACAGCUCUAACUCUCAUAAUUUACAAAUUGAUUAUGAAAGUGAUAUGAACACUAGGGUGACUAAUAUGAUAGAAACAAAAUCAAUGGACAUUGAUCUAAAUUCAGAAGAUAUAAAAAAGGACAAAGUUAUUGAAGAAAAGAGAAAGAGUCACAAAAGCUCACAUAGAUCUAGAGAUUCACAUAAACAUUCUAGUAGUAGGGACAAAAAGUCAGAUUCAAAACCAUCUAGUAGUAAAGAUAGUAGUCGACAUGAUAAAAAGUCAGAAAAGUCUAAAGAUGAAACUAAGCAUAAAUCAUCUGACAGAGAUAAAGACAAGUCUAAAGAUAAAUAUGAAAAGAAAGACAAAGACAGUAGAGAGUCAUCAAGGCACAGAAGCUCUCAUAAAUCAAGCCAUAGGGAUUCGAAAUCACAUAGAAGCACCAGCUCUAGCCAUAGACAUUCAAGUGAUAAAAAGUCUUCAUCAAGCCAGAAGGACAAAGAUAAAACUUCAGAGAAGUCAUCAACAUCUUCAAAAGAUAAGCCAAGAGAUUCUAAAUCUAGUUCUCAUACAGACAAAGACAGAAAAAGUAAUAGUAGUAGCUCAAGCAAAAAUAAACAAAAUGAUGAUAAGAAGGAUAAGGAAAAAAAAUCUAAGAAAGAAACAGAUGAUCAUUAUAGUUUGUCUGGUCGGGGGAAUCCCAAUAGACGUUCUACUGACAGGGAUUCAAAUGAUGGAAGUUCAUCAUCAAAAGGUUCACACAGACCUUCAGGCUCUCAGUCAUCAGAGAGUAAAAAAGAAACUAAAGAAAGUAGCUCAAAGUCAGAUAAUACUACCAGCAGCAACUCGACCAGUCCCAGUGAUAAAGAAAACAUUGUUCAUCAGUUAGGAACAAAUGCUAAUACAUUAGUACAAAAUAAGCCUAUUGUGAGAGUAGAUAACCACUUAGAGAAAGCUAUAGCUUCCCCUCCUAAAUUACCUUUUGUACCUGAUAUAACAUUACGGAAACCUAAAAUUGCUGCUAAUUUUGAGGAAGCCAAAAAAAUUAUGAAAAUGCGAAAAUUCUUAGAAGAAGAACAAAGAAGAAUGAAUCAAGAAGCUGCAUUGUUGUUGGAGUUUCAGGCAAAUGUAAGGCCUAGUUUGAGUCAAGUUUAUUCAAGCAUACCGGGACCUGAAUUAGAAUUUGUUUGUGGUGCUAGCAUGUCACAAACACAGUAUAUAAUACAUAAUAAUGAAAAUAUUAAUGAAACAGCAAAAAGUCAAUUGACCAAUCUGCAAGCUAAAUAUACUGAAAGUGAUAAGCCAAUCAUUAUUGAAGAUAAUUCAACAGUUCAUACACAUAACACAGAUCCAGUUAUUAAAAAAGAAUGUGAAGAUAUUAUUUGCACUUCUGGUACGCCAAUAAUAAAUAAUAAUCAAAAUGAGGGUGAAACCACUGAGAUUUCAAUUCCUUUUAAAUCUCAAAAAAGAGAAAAUGACAUUAUAACAGCUACAACUACAAACACUGAAAAUAUUGAACUAAAUAUUUCUGUGAUUUGUGAAGAGAUUAGUGACGAGACUAUGGAACCAUCUAAUAAAUUAAAGCAAGAAAAUUUUCGUUAUUUCGCUGAACAUGAAAAAUACGACGCUGAAUUGGAACAAGCUAAGUUUGAAAAUUUUUAUAAAAACUAUGUUAUGAAGAAUUCAGUUAUCAAUAAGAUAUAUUUAAUCAACUGCAAUACAUAUGAAGAGAAUGUUGUACGAGAUGUGGCAAAGAGUUUUGGUAAUUAUGAAAUUGUUAAUUAUCAGAGAAAUGGACAUCUAAAACUACCUCAAACAAAUAAAGUUAAAAAUGUCAACCUUACCACUGAAGUGUCCUUACCAAUGGGCUAUGAAGAAAAUAGUUUAUCUCCAAUUUUAAGUCCAGAUAAAUCUGAUUGUUCCUUUGAAAUAGGAAGUGAUUACGACGAUAAAUUGCAAGACAUGGUUAAUAACACAUCUAGAAGAGAAAUUAUGGAGAUUAUUCUUGGUAAUUUGGUAGAUGAAUCCCCAACAAAAAUGCCCAGAAUAGAUUACGUAAUGGAAUCUAACAUCGAUAAUGCAUCUGAUAAUGGUUUGAAAAGAAAAAUUGAUAUUGAAACAACAGCUGAUAAUAAUAAUAGGAGUGUUUUAACACCAAAUAAAAUAAGGAGGUUAAGCAGUGAUCAAAUCUCUUCGACAACUCAAGAUACAGAAGAAACAACAUAUGAUGGUAGGAUAGCAAACACAAGAUCUAAAUAUUUGGGGAAAGCAAGGCGAGUUGGAUUGCCUCGACCAAGGAGAACUGAGCUCCCGAACAGCCCGUCCAGUGACAAAUCAGUUGAGAACUACGAGCAGAACACACCAGCAAAGACCAACGGCAAGUUGAAGGCCCCGAGGCUGAUGGUGCAGCGGUAUGAGACGUCUGAUCUGUACAAACCUAAGUUACACUACCUCUCCAGGCGGAAUGUUAGUUAGAUCUUAAAGUGUUUCGCACUGCAGUGAAACGCACGCACGGUACUCCACCGGGAGUGGAAAAAUAUAGGUGAUAUUUUUUGUGUAGUAAACAUGUAUUUGCUUCAGAUACAGAAAUAUUGGGUUCAAAAUGUUCUAUUCAAAAAUCGUUCGUAGCAUCUAAUUCAGUACGAAAGGUCAGGCACUGCCUUGGAUUUUUUGAUAUUAUGGCAAUUUUUAUAUAAAGGUUUUAACAUUCUUUUGGUCCACUAAUGACUUACGAUUAAUAAUAUUAUAUCAAUUUGUUAUGUACUUACAAUAAUAUAUAAAUAACUCUAAAUAUAUAAACAAUUACUUUGGUAGAUGAUUCGAGCCGACUUCGUCCGAAUAAGAGUGACAGCUUGAUCUCAUUCAAUAUCCAUAAAAUAAAGACGUUAGCACACCUAAACAGUUCUCUCUUCAAAACAUACAAAAAAAAAUUAAAUAAAUACGAACAUUUAUGAUUCUAUUAAAAAUUAAAAGAGGAUUUGAUAUUAUAAUGCUUAAAUCUUAAUGAAUUUUCCAGUCCUAUACCCAACAAUUUAAAAUAAUAAAUUUAAUGGUAUCUAAUA